UUUGGACAACGGCUGACUCUUCACGUGAAAUGAUGACGUUAUCUCUUCGACUUUUGUUUGCUGUCUGGCUAACAGCUGUUAGUGGAAGGGACAUAAGAAACAAACAGCCAAACAUCGUGGUUGUAUUAGCAGACGACUACGGCUUCAACGACAUCGGUUACCAUGGAUCACAGAUUUUCACUCCAAAUCUUGACCAGCUGGCGUCCGAUGGAGUGAAACUGGAGAACUACUAUGUCCAGCCCAUCUGUUCACCCACUCGUAGUCAGUUGAUGUCUGGCAGGUACCAGAUCCACACAGGUCUUCAGCAUGGCCUCAUUAACUCUGGACAGCCGUCUGCUCUGCCGCUGGACAACCCCACUAUGGCGGACAAGAUGAAAGAGGCGGGUUACGCCACACACAUGGUGGGCAAAUGGCACCUGGGAUAUUUCAAGGCGGAGUACAUGCCCUUUUACAGGGGCUUCGACACGUACUAUGGCUACUUGACCGCCUGCGAGAAUUACACUAGCCACAAGCGGCUCUACCCACACGACGGAGUGGCAUAUCUGGACCUGCGUGACAACAACGGACCUAUAUAUAACGAGAGUGGACACUACUCCACGCAUCUCUUUACAGAGAAGGCGAUACAUGUGGUGCAGGCUCACGAUACCAGUAAACCUCUGUUCCUGUACUUGGCCUAUCAGUCUGUCCACGCGCCACUACAGGUUCCCGGGGAGUAUGAGAAGAAGUACAGCCACAUUCAAGAUGAGAAGCGAAGAACAUAUGCAGGCAUGGUGUCCGCCAUGGACGAAGGUAUGGGCAAUCUCACUAAGGCACUGAAGGAAAAAGGCCUCUGGGACAACACUAUUCUUGUUUUUUCUACUGACAAUGGUGGUGAAACGUAUUCUGGUGGCAACAACUUCCCUCUCCGGGGCAGGAAGUUCACUCUGUGGGAGGGCGGAUUGCACGGUGUGGGCUUUGUCACCGGCGGGAGGCUGCCGGUUAAAGGAUUGGUCAACAAUGAGCUGAUCCACGUCUCUGAUUGGUUCCCGACUCUGGUGGGUCUGGCCCAGGGCUCUCUCAACGGAACAAAGCCUUUGGACGGAUUUGACAUGUGGGACACCAUCAGCCGCGGGACGCCCAGUGAACGCACCGUCUUACUUCACAACAUUGACCCACUGUUCGCAAAACGGGGCGUGCCUUUGUACAACGACACUUUCGACACCAGCGUGCGGGCGGCUGUACGGGUUGGCGACAUGAAGCUCAUUACUGGAGACCCGGGCAAAGGAAUUUGGAUUCCGCCCCCUGGGGAGUCGUUGGAUUUCCAUAUCGAAGACGACCGACAGAAGUCACCUGAGAAGAACGUGUGGUUGUUCAACAUCACAGCUGACCCUAACGAGCACCAUGACCUGUCUGACCAGAUGCCGGACGUGGUUCUCUCCCUCCUGGGAUAUCUGGAACAGUUUAACGAGACAUCCGUGCCACCAAAUUGGCCACAUUUUGACUGGAGAAGCAGCCCGGCGAGGCAUGGCGGAGUUUACGGGCCGUGGAUGUAGUCUUUCUUAGAUUUUUUCCCCCGCUUCGUCGUUUCGGUUAUUUUUGUCACUCGUAUGUUUUGUUUUGUGUUUUAUUAUAUUAAGUUUGUCUUACUGCAAAUCUUUCUACGCUAUGUACAUCAAUGUGCCUCGCUUGAAAUCGGGAGUUACGUGACCGUUCUGCAUACAUGUAUUGUCCUAAAACAUAGAUUUAGUGCUGAAUCACUUUUGCGACGGAGCCACGUCUGUCAU